AUGGAGGCUAACCGUGACGUGUACUUUCGGGAGGCAUCCAGGGUCGCAACGAGGAGGAGAGACAUGCUGGACGAUGAUCAUAUGGAUGACGCGGACACCAAGCUGGAGGAUAAGUACAUUAAAAACUACGAACCCCCGAAGAACAUCAAGUUGGUGUUCUUCUUGUUCGGCCUCUUGACUCUGUGCGGGCUGAGAUCCUUCAUCGUGAGCAGGAUGGCCUUCUGGCCCCCCAAAGUGAAGGGAUACGAAGUGGUGGAUAACGAAUUUGUCUACAAGAAUCACAUCAGUGGGUACGACAUAAAUGAGCUGCUGGAGAAGAACAACGUGGGGGUGAGAUACAAUAAAAUAGUAGACGGCACGGACGAAGUGGCGUCCAUCUUCGUCCACAGAAAACCACUGGAUCUAAACAAGCAAACCAUUCUAUACUCACAUGGGAACAACACAGACAUGGGACGCCUAUUUCCACAGUACGUCAACUUGCUCUUCCAAACAGACGCAAACAUCAUGGCGUACGACUACAGCGGAUAUGGAUAUAGCAAUAAGAAGCCAACAGAAAAGAAUAUGCAUAAGAAUAUAAAAAUGGUAUAUAAAUUUCUAACGGAGCAUGUUCAUAUUAAUCCGUUAAAUAUCAUCCUGUACGGUUACAGUAUUGGCACCUGUCCCAGUAGUUACUUGCUUAGUUCGCCGGAUGUGAAGGUGGGGGGAUGUAUCUUGCAAUCCCCUUUGGCGAGUGGAAUAAAGCUCUUGUUCCCCUUUCAGAAGAGGUACCUUCCAUUGUUUGAUGUUUUUAAAAACUAUGAAAAAUUGAACAAGGCCCCCCUUGUCCCUGUGUAUAUUAUGCAUGGGAAAAGGGAUCAGGAGAUUCCAUAUUACCACUCCGUGAUUUUACUAGAUACACUUCGAAAGAAUUUCGAAAACAAGUACAGAAAGAUGAAGAACGUGGGUAACUCUCCUGACGGACGCCUCAGCAUCGAUUCGCUUAUCAAGUUUUGGGGCUCCGCCAAGUCGAAUCACGACGACGUUGAAUUGGUCGACGCGGACAAAUUCUACCGCCGCCUGCGCUCCUUCCUCAUGCUCUGCGAGGACCACAACGGGGUGUAUCCGGUGUAG